UCUUCAGAAGCAAUGCAACUUUUGUGCAUCGUCGCUUUACUUCUGUCAGCAGUAGCUGCUCAUCCAGAUUCCUGGAGACCAUGGGAGGAUGAGAAGUUUCCGCCUGCAGGUGGACCCGAACAGGAUGCAGAAUCUAAGCGUGGUGACGGGGCGCAGUCAGUGACACAAGCCCCAGAGGAUGGAGAUGGAAGGUCAAGUGGAGACAGGCCAGAAAGGGACUCUGGACAUCCAGUAUGGGUGGUGAUGCCCUCUCACCUUCCUACUUGGGGCAAAAGAGAGGCUCCUGGUUUCGGGCUUGGGCCAGGCAGGCUUUUUGGGAGACCCAGAGGACCUCCGAGAAGGAAGUUGUCCAACAUGAGGAACCCUGGUGCAACGGGCGAUACGGUUUUUUCCCCUACAUUCAAGGUUGACAACGUGACAUUUCAGAACAUCACUGGCGUACCCUUAAAGGAGGGGGAGAACCUAUUUCUGAUGCCAAAGGGAGGAAGACACGGACCUCCAGAGAAUGUGCAAUAUGUGAAGCUCAUCUACAACACCACAGAGCCGAACAAAGUCUCUGUGGAGCAUGGGGUUUUGAAACCUAUGAAUCUCGGUGAGCUUGUUGGAGAAGAAGAUGAUCCAGAGGAAGCUGGCUGGUAAAAGGAGGAACCAACAGCUCCAAGUUUGAUUCUCCGACUUGAUCGAGUCUUAGAGGAGAUGAUGUAGUAUAUUCUGGGAAAUCUUUUAUGUAAUUCCGUCUUCCUCCUGUAAAACUAAAAUCUCUGUGUACUACAAUAAAAGUCUCAAACAAU